GAGAGAGAGAGAGGCGCGUGCGUCUGCACACAGACAGACAAAGACGGCGGAACGAACGGGAGAAAGCGCUGUAACACCUCUCUAUCGUUCCACGCGUGAAAACGGCCAGAAAAGCAAUGAGCAGACCGCGCGAGUGAGCGGCGCCGAGGCGGGACGCGUGAUCCGAGCGCGCGCCGGGGGUCGAUUUUGACCGCGAAUGCUUUUAAAACGAGCCUCUUUCUCCAACGCCCCCCAACGAUUAGCAGCUCCGCUAGCGGCUAGCCAUCAGCACCAGCUCCCUCAUCCUCCGCCAAACACCCGACGCGAGCGGGACGGCAGCACGCGAGGAAGCACGCUUGGUUCGUUGUCUGAUGCGCACGCGGGGACGACUAUGCCUAGCCCGUUGUUUCACCCUGACAUCAUGGAUCACGAGAUGGUAGUGAGCAGCACCGGCCAGUCCGGCGGGGUCACCGAGCAGGAGCCCCGGGACGAGGACCAUCAGGAGGCGCUGCGCUUCGCUCUGGAUCAGCUGUCGCUCAUGGCCAUGGAGAAGGUGGACUGUCUGGACGGGAGCUCGGCCGGGGAGAACUGCAACGGGGGAGGCGGGUACGUCGACCUGCAGAUGCUCGAGCACGCCAACGGCUCCCGGGAGUCCCCCGGCUCCUGCUCGCCCUCUCCGGAGUACUACGGCUCGGGAGGCGGCGGCGGCGGAGGGUACCACCACAUGGCCGGCCCGCACUCCUCCAUCCUCGGGGAGCAGAGCUCCGUGCUCCGCAAGAGGAGCGUCAACAUGACCGAGUGCGUGCCGGUGCCCACGUCAGAGCAUGUGGCCGAGAUCGUCGGCAGACAGGGUUGCAAGAUCAAAGCACUUCGUGCGAAAACUAACACGUACAUCAAAACCCCCGUGAGAGGAGAAGAGCCCGUGUUCAUCGUGACGGGCCGCCGCGAGGACGUGGAAAUGGCCAAACGCGAGAUCGUCUCGGCGGCCGAGCACUUCUCCAUGAUCCGCGCCUCGCGCUGCAAAGCCGGCGCGAACGGCCCCGGAUCGAGCGGCUCCCUCCCCGGCCCCCCCAACCUCCCGGGGCAGACCACCAUCCAGGUGCGCGUCCCCUACCGCGUCGUGGGCCUCGUCGUGGGGCCCAAAGGAGCCACGAUCAAACGCAUCCAGCAGCAGACGCACACGUACAUCGUGACGCCCAGCCGCGAGAAGGACCCCGUGUUCGAGGUCACCGGCAUGCCGGAGAACGUGGACCGCGCGCGAGAAGAGAUCGAAACGCACAUCACGCUUCGCACCGGCGCCUUCGUCGACCUCCAAGGCGAUAACGACUUCCACAGCAACGGGACCGAUGUGAGUUUAGAGGGACUCGGGUCGCUCGGUCUGGCCAGCGCGCUUUGGUCGCGCGCGACUCACUCGGCGCCGCCCCCGCCGCCGCCGCCUCCUCCUCCGCCGCAGAUGCACCAUUCGUCGCGCAAAAUGUCGUCCGAAUCGUUCUCCGCGAGCCGCCGGCCGACGGACGGCGGAGGAAGCCCGACCAGCCCGUUCAGCACGAGCAGCGCCGGAGGGAGCUUCUCAUUCGCGGGCGACUCGACUCCGAACUUGCCGGCGUCGGCGUCCGAGGAUUUGGGUUUCGAAUUCAGCGCCGCCAAUAUCUGGGCUCCGUUCGCGAACGGCGCCAAGCAGCAGACGCAGGCGGUCCGGCGCAACAGCAGCGGGCUCAGCGGAGGAGCCGUGACCCCGCGCCUUUCCCCGGACCCGGACCACCCGCUCGCCCGCCGGGCCCAGAGCGACCCGCUCAGCACGCUCUCCUGGCUCCAGACGGGCGCCGGAAGCUCGUUCUCGGGCCGGAGCAGCAGCAGCGGCGGGAGCAGCACCGGGUACUCGUCCUGCUCGGCGUCGUCGCUCCCCGGCGGCUCGCCCACGGAUUCGGAAGGCGGCGGGAGCGGAGCGGGGAUCGCGUCCACCAUGUUGGGGCGCCUCAAAGCCGGCGGCCUGGCUGGGAUGGUGUCGCGGGAUUGUUUCGUGUGCUGCGAGAGCGAGGUGACCGCGGCGCUCGUCCCGUGCGGCCACAACCUCUUCUGCAUGGAUUGCGCCGGGCAGAUCUGCCAGUCGCAGGAUCCCGAGUGUCCCGUUUGCCACACUCCCGCCACGCAGUGCAUCCGGAUCUUCUCUUAAACGCAGACUGCCUUGAGUAACUAUUAGAUAUGACACUAUUCCCAAUUGACAGUAAUAAUAAUAAUAACAAUAACAACGACAGUGACUUAAUUACCCACUCAAGUACUUGUCGGACUGCGUCUUAUCUUUAGCUGUUCAUGUUCGGUGGGUUGUUUUUUUUUUUUUUUCCAUUCAUGCUUCCGACUUUUUCUACUCGCAGAUUUUUCGACUUUUACGCUGCACUUUUUUCUAACGCACCCCGUGUUUGCCGAUGCAGUCGUUUUUAAAUUAUUGUUUUCUUUUAAAAACAAAAAAACAAAAAAAAAAAAACGAACGCGAAAGCUGCGCUCGUUUAGACCAAAACACGAGAGAUAUUCCCGUUUUUUAUUAUCGAACGCUUAAUAUUUAUACGCGCCGCGAGGCCGUGCUAGUGGACGUAGGAUCAGAGAUAGCUAGAAUAGUUCAUGUUACGAAUAUCGUUACCGUGCAUUUUCUCGUUUCGCCACACUACCUUAAAACGCUCACGUGUCGGUUCGUUCCCGCACUCCAGAAACAGGGUCGCUAGUAUUUAACGUGUUUUUUUAAAUCUGUUACGACUUUUUUCGAAUCGGGAACGCAUGACGAAUCGUCUUUCGAAUGUCCUAGUCGUGAAUGUCCCGGAAAUGUCUUUCGCUCGGAGUUCUGCGUCCGUCUUCCGGCCGUCGCGAGAGCGUUUCGUUUACGAUCCCCCCCCCCCCCAGACGAGUUUUAACGCGACAAGCCAUGCUUUCACACUUCAAAGGGCUUCCGGUUACACACUACACUUUCAGGUCGUCCUGACAAACGGGAUGCUAGUCCGCGUGGCAGCUAAAUCACCAGGGCUUCCGUACGUUUUAGCGACGCGCGAACGCGAGGGAGAAUGCGUUUCGGUUUGUACAGGUUUCUUUUAGAUGCGCUCUUAGAGGCUUUUCUUUCGCCGUGUCGGAUGUGUAUCGAGCUAACGGUGCCUUGGUGGUGAAAACUCGCCGCCGGGAACGAAGAUUGUGACGUAACUUCCCUCCGCUCUUCCGGUUUUAGUGAUUUGUACAGAAGAGAGCCGUGUCGAAUCUGAGCCGCUCGUUUUCUUCUUGUUGUUUAAAAAAAAAAAGAAGCAGCGCAGCUGGUUGAAAGGUACAAGAAGCUAGUCGUUUUAUCGGUUGCGUGCGCGUAUGUGACGUUUUUUGGUAUCGGCGAUGAAGGUCACGUGACUUAGUGAAGAAUUGGCCUGAAGUCGAACGGUUUCCUUUUUCGUUAUUUUUAUUUUAUUUUUUUCCUCGAACAGGGUUCGCUGGGGACGAUCUCAGGCGGGGUGUUUUUUUUUUUUUUUGCAUCGGAACGACGUCAGACGCUGUUUUCCCAUGAUUCAUUGGGGCCCUAAACCCGCUCCGCUUUUACUUUCCGCUUCGAUUCGUUUUCGUACGCAGAACCAAAAGCGAUUUCAAUAACCGGAUUUCAGGCCUAACUGUAAAUAUCCUGAACUACAAUCAUUGGGAUUCGUUUUCAGAAGGUUCAUGUAGUUUUUAAAACGCGUAUCAUUAUUUGUAAGUUAAACUCUCUGCAUGUCUUGAAGCCGUGAGGCGUUAGCUAAUACUUUUUCUAAAAAUGAAAAGACAAAAAAACUUUUUUUACACAUUUUUAUUUUUACAAUUUAUUUGCUUACCUUGACGUAAAUAUCCCAGAUUAUAAUGUGACCCUUUUAUUACAGCAAAUUUAUCUUUAUUUUCCAUAUUUCUGUUUCCUGUGUACAACAUAUAGGCAAUUUAUAACAAAAUGAGAAAAAAUUAUUGAAGAAAUUUAAAAUUGAAAUAUAUUUUAUUUGAAAGUUUAUGGACCUUUUAACCGUGAGCUGGAACAAUUGUAUACACGUAUAAUUUGAGCUGACUUGACGGUUAUAAGAAAUGUAUCAAGAGUUUUAUUUUUUAUGCUUCUUUAAUAAAAUCUUGUUUUUGUUUUCGUUUUUGUACUGUAAAACAAUAA